AUGGGUCAAAGUUCAUCUAGUAUUAUUAGAUCCAAUCCUUCGGAGCAGCAUUUUCAUUACGAGAGAUUUCCCAAUAAUUUACUAGUGAUGGGUUCAUAUUUCGGUUAUUUUGCAACGAGUCACUUUAAGGAUUGGCACCGAAUAGAUUUACAUACAAAAAGCAGUCAACGUGAUAUGUAUGAUGAUCACGAUGAUGCAAAUACAUUGAAGUUGUUUGGAACGUUGAUGAAGCAGAUAGUGGGUGGAUCAUUGGAAAAGAAUUCAAUUGAUGAGAAUAAUAAUGAUAAUAAUAAUUUAAUGAGAGAGGAUUAUGUUCCGAAUGUUUCAUAUCUGAGUGAAUUUGCUGAAUUGUCGAGUCCUAUUGUGCAAGUUGUUAGUUCGGGAAAUUGUCAAUUAUUUAUUGAUUUGGAGAAGAAUGUAAAGAUGUAUAGGACUUCAAAGUUUGAAACACAUGAUUUUACAAUGAAAAAUUUCAGAGUUUUGGAGAGAAAUGGAUUCGAAAAGAGAAAUUUGAUAAUGAUUGGAUCAAAUCAAACGUAUUUUUAUUUCAUUUUCAAGGAUAUGACUAUUGUAGUGUAUAAUCAUGAGAGAAAUCUUGUGCAAGUAAUUGAUUUUUGUAAGGAAAGUGAGAAGGAAAUUAUUGACAUAUCUCGAGGUUGUACUGGAGAUUGUGCCUAUAUUCUCACUAGGAAGCAAGAUGAGUAUGAACUAUUGGUGGAGAAGGAUGGUUGUAUUGGUAAAGCAGAGAUCGGCGAUUUGGUAGGUCAACUGAAUAAUGUGAGAUUUCUAUCAAAAUAUGCUGUAGUCACAAAUGAUAAUAAGAUUUACAUUUUGGCCAUGAUUAUUUCUCACAACCAAGGAUUUAAAUAUAGGGAAACAACCUUUGAAAACAAAUCACAAAUCAUACAAUUGGAAAGCGGAUUUGAUCACUGUGUCGUUCUCACACAAGAUGGAAAAGUUUAUGCAAUGGGAAUCAAUCAAUAUUCUCAAUGUGGAAUGCUUCCAGAUCAAUCGAAUAUUGUUAGACAAUUUGUUGAAAUUAUUCCACCAACAAUGUAUCAUUCAAGAGUGUUGCGGAUUGGAUGUGGAUCUACUUAUACUGCUCUUCUUACAGAAAGUCAUAUUCUUAUAGUUGGUAGAUUUACUGGAAGUACAGGAACUGUGUGUAAGAAUAGAAUAGUCCAUGCAGGUAAUGGAACGCCAUGGCUUGUUUCUAAAAACUUAUUUGGAAUUAAUGAUAUUUAUUGUGCUGGAUGGCAUUUAUGUGCUAUUCAAACAACAGAAAUCAAUAAGGAAAGACUUUUUGCAAGAUUGUUAAAUAAUUCUCAAUGGUUUUCAGAUGUAGAAAUUUUACUAACUUGA